AUGCCUAAGGAAGCUAAGACGACCCGCAAGGUCACCAAGGGCAAGGCCGACGGUGGCAAGAAGAAGAAGGACCCCAACAUGCCCAAGCGUGGUCUUUCCGCCUACAUGUUCUUCGCCAACGACCAGCGUGACAAGGUCCGUGACGACAACCCGGGCAUCAAGUUCGGCGAGGUCGGCAAGCUGCUCGGCGAGAAGUGGAAGGCUCUCACCGAUAAGCAGAAGGCCCCGUACGAGGCCAAGGCUGCCGCGGACAAGAAGCGCUACGAGGAGGAGAAGGCCGCCUACACUGCUGGUGGUUCUGCCGGCGAUGACGACGAUGACGAGUAG